GUGAAUGUGUAAGAUUUAUAUCGUUCCCAAAUGCACCGUUUUCUGCCUCUACAUAUCGUAAGCAUUACAUUUGAGUCACGCUUUCUUAAAAGUGUGGGCUUCUGCGAGUCUACACAGGAUAUCCAUACCAAAGAACGAUAACUCUGUAGGAAUAGUAGAAAGGGUUUGAUUGGUUACUCGAGAAAAGUGAGCGAGUUUCAAACAAAUAUUGCAGGUGCUUGAAUGAAGACUUCCGGUUAGAAAGGAACCAUAAUAUAUUCCAUUUAUAUUAUGUCAAUAAGAAGAUUGUGGAAGUAACAUUGAUUCCAGACAAAUUGGAUAGUGUAUAAGUUGGGGCCGUACCUGCAGACUUCACCAUGACUUCAUCCUACUCUGAGCUACGAGGUCUAUACCACCUAAGGGAAACCAUUGGUUCAGGUGGAUUUGCCAAAGUGAAGUUAGCCUAUCAUGCCUUAACAGGAGAAAAGGUUGCCAUCAAGAUCAUGGACAAGAAAUCCCUUGGGGAAGAUUUACCUCGUGUGAAGACUGAGAUCGAAGCCAUGAAAGUUCUGUGUCACCAACACAUAUGUAAAUUAUUCCAAGUCAUUGAAACCGAUACAAAAUUCUUCAUGGUCUUGGAGUACUGUCCAGAAGGGGAGCUGUUUGACUACAUAGUGUCUAAAGAUCGUCUGGAAGAAGAUGAAGCUCGUAUAUUUUUCCGUCAGAUUGUUUCAGCUGUUGGAUAUAUUCAUAGCCAGGGAUACGCUCACAGGGAUUUAAAACCGGAAAACUUACUUUUGGAUGAAGAUCAAAAUCUGAAAUUGAUUGAUUUUGGAUUGUGUGCAAAGCCAAAGGGAGGUAUGGAGAACCACCUAUACACCUGUUGUGGCAGUCCAGCUUAUGCAGCUCCCGAACUAGUUUCUGGGAAAGAGUACCUAGGAUCGGAGGCUGAUCUUUGGAGCAUGGGGAUCCUGUUGUAUGCACUUCUCUGCGGUUAUCUCCCUUUUGAUGAUGAGAAGAUUCCACAACUGUACAGGAAAAUACAGAGUGGGAAGUAUGAGUCCCCUACCUGGCUGUCGGAGGAGAGUAAGGACCUGAUAGCUAUGAUGCUGAAAGUGGACCCCAAGAGGAGGAUCACCGUACAGCAGCUCAUCAAACACCCCUGGCUGACCAAGAGCUUCAACAUACCUGUGGAGUGGCAGAGUAAAUACAAAAGAAAAGUAUUAGACGAUGACUGUAUUACAGAAUUGGCUGUUCACUACGGUAAAACAAAGAAAGAAAUGGAGACCACAGUAUCUGAGUGGAAGUAUGACUACCUGACUGCUACUUACUUCCUCCUGUUUGAGAAGAAACUGAAGGGUCGGCCAGUCCGCCUCUUCCAGAAGAAUAGGUCCAAUUCACAUGAGGACACACCCAGAAGCAAUAGAGCUAGGAGUUUGAGUGCCGAUCCCACAGGACACAUUCAGGCAUCACCACGGAUGGCCCUGACCCCAAAAGAAACGCAAUCUCAACAACAAAACUGUGAUCUCGGUCCUAGACCAACACCUUACGGCUGUGAAGAGAGGGGGCGCCCACGUGCUCGAGAACGCCUCGUGUUUGGGUCAAAGGACGACGACAAGGAAAAUUCUCCAAUGGAGGAUAAGAAAAACUUUCUCGUGCCUCAAACUCCAAGCUACAGGACACCCAAGCCGAAGUCUGUGAUAAAGACACCUAAGGAGAUGAUCCUCGAGCCUCCCCCUAAACCUCGGUCCCCACUGAUGGCCAAACAACUCCCCACAACUAUAGACGAUUCCUUGUGUACACCUGGAAGAAAAUCUGAUUUUUCCUACCUGAACUCAACACUCUCUCCCUCUCGGUCCUAUGAUUCACAACUCAACAACCUGACCAAGGAUGAGCCUCUAAGCGCCAGCAAAAAACAUGUGGAUAACUAUAACAGGGCCGCGUCGGUGGACGAAGGUUUGCAGCGAGGGGAACAUGAAACGCCUGGCUCGGCGACAAAGACCAGAAAGGGCUCCGUGUUUGGAAGUCUGGAGCGAGUGUUCAACAUGCUAACACCAAAGAAACAGAGAGGGUCCACAGGGGAGGGACCUAGGAAAGUCAAGGCUUUACACAACGUGUACAGGACGAGCGAGUUUAGCCCAGACUUGGUGCUGUCGCGGCUAAAGGGGGUCAUCGAAAAGAAGUUCAUACCUUACAAACAGAGCGACUACACCCUACGGUGUACAGUGACAGACGACUGGGGAAAGGUCAAGCUUGCAUUUGACAUGGAAGUGUGUGCCAUUCCAAAGAUGCCCAAUAUAGGAGUUUGCCGAAAGAGGGUCAAAGGAGACACAUGGCAUUACAAAAAACUGUGUGAAGAUAUUCUUGCUUCUACAAAACUAACAUAGCCCUGAUGUCAGUCUCCGUUGAAAUGAUUAACCGAGGUCCAGGGAAUUCAGGACGUGAAGUGGAGCGUUGAUGUCACUCUCCGGUGAAGUGAUUGACCGAGGUCCAGGGAACUCAGGACGUGACGUGGAGCGUUGAAUGUGCCGGGUGCUAAUUAACGGGGCCAAUCUGUGCGAGUUGUGAUAUGUACCAGUAGGUGCCUUGUAUUGGGACGUAAAUAUGGAUCCUCUAUUCAACAGGUGUGCCAACGCCUGGGACAAUAUUGUGUAUAGUGUUAUGUUGUACAGUGCAUUCAAGAUUGUCAGAUAUUUAUUGGACUGAUUUUUAUAUAUUUUUUAUUAACAUGUAGAUGAAGUCUUUCAUUGUAAAUGAUUAUCACUGCAUUCUCGAGCAACUCAUGUGUUGAAAUAUAUUUUUAAGCCGAAGACGAAUGAUUGUACCCAUCACUGCACCCUUGAGCAACUUGUGUGUUAUAUAUAAUUAGUCCAUGGUGGUGUUUCCAGGGAUGAAAUAUAUUUUUAACAUCAAUUGGACUGUUAACAUACAGAAUAUUUUGGAAUCGUUAUUUAAAAUGUGAGAAAUAGCAGAGGUGUACAACUUACAUCUAUAGAGUACUAGACCCAGGGCAGAUAUUUGGGGGGGAGGGGACAUUAGCUUUUACUAGGAAAGUAUUUUUUCGGAAUAAGACUAUUCAAAAUUUAAAAUGAAUGUUAUAUAGCUACUCUGGAUUCUUAAAAGAUGUCAAGCUGUGCCUAUAUGGGGUCUGUAGUAAAAAAAGGUAUGAUUCACUCAUGUGACAAACAAGUGUAGGGGUAUUACAAGUAUUACAAAAUUUGCUUACCAUAAUACAGACACAAAAUGAUAUAAUGCAUAAUCCUCAUAUAUGUAUAAAGUUGGAAAAUUCUUGUAUGACUUGUAUACAAUAUCUAUACUGUCUUUUUCUGUUUGUCUCCUACCAGAAAGGGCCAUAGGUUUGCACCCCAUCUAUCAGUUCAUACACUUUUACCUUCAAUUAUUAAAUUUUGUUUGGGAGAACCUCUUGGAAUGGCAGAGUGUUUUGAACAAAAACUCGGGUCACAUGCCUGACUGUAUAGAGUUAUGGCCCUUUGUGUAUAUUUGAUACCGAAGUUUUCAGAGGUGGGGGACUAUAGAUUGCUCUCAAUACUUUGCCUUAUAAUAAUAAUAAUAAUUUAAGGUUUUUAUAUACCGCUUUAUCACAACCUAGUCCGUAGGUCGUCUCAAAGC